AUGGAGACUUCAGAACUCGAUCGCUCAAAGAUCUACAAGAGCUGGGAGGUGGAUGGCAAGUUUCAUAGUGAUGGCCGCGAAGUUACCCUACUUGGGUAUGUCUACAGCCGUCCGGACAUUGACCAGCUGCGCGGGAGCCCACAAAAGGUUCUGGAGGCCAUCGACGACUUUGCCCGCUCUGUGACCGGCUUGAUCAACAUUGGCGAGGCAAAAGGUGCUGUGGUCACGAAACUCAUUGCCGAUUGCAAACCAGCCACCAUCCUCGAGCUGGGUGGCUAUGUCGGCUACUCCGCCAUCUUGUUUGGCGAUGCACUACGAAAGGCUGGCGGAAAGCAAUACCAUAGUGUCGAGAAAAGCCCCCUUUUUGCUGCUGUUGCCGCAAGCCUUGUCGACUUGGCUGGCCUCAGGGAUGUCGUCAGAAUCACUGUCGGCACCGGCGCCGAGGGCAUCCAACGUCUCUACGAUUCAGGCGUGCUCAAGUCUCAGCUUUCCAUGGCCUUCUUUGACCAUCACAAGCCAAGCUAUACCAGUGAUCUCAAGCGAUGUGAGAGACUCGGCCUUGUUGGCCCAGGCACCGUCUUGGUUGCUGACAACAUGAUUCUACCGGGAAACCCGCCAUAUGCUGAGUGGGUCAGAGCCAGUGUGGCCGAGAAGCAGGAGCUUGACAAGAAUGCCGAAGAAAAGGGAAGUCCGAAUCUGCAAUACAAGAGCAGAGCUAUCAAGAGCUGGGAGCCGAGUGGCCAUGAGGAUGCUCUGGAGAUUACUGAGUGCGUGGGUAUCGAAGCUUGAAUCAAGUUUCUUACACAUGCAAUUGACGUUAACGGAAAACUCUGUAGCUGAUUAUUGCAACCUGUGAAGGAGGAGAGAGACCUGCUAGCCAGCCACAACCCUCAGAUUCACCCACAAUGGGAUAUCACACUGCAGAAGAUUGUGAAGCGGGAGAGAGACUCACCAGCUAGCCACAACCCCUAGAGGUUCGUUUACAAUGGGAUCAAUAUCACACCGCAGACAGCAUGAAGUGGUUCAGCCCGCUUCGUCAUCGGGCUACCACUCAAUGGAGCUGUGGCUGCUUUCUUAGUGACUUGAUGACUGUGUCAGCUCAUGCUAGAGCCCCAAGACACUCUGGCACAAGGUUCCAAGACACACGAUAAUUCAUUGUUAGUACGGAAUAUACGAGAACUUACGUUUUG